GUUAAACAAGAGGCAAAGCUGUCUACAGCCCUUCAGUCCGCCUGGUAACCUCAGGAGAAGGUAGAUUCCUACUGGUGCUUGAAGAUCUUGGCACCUCUGCAGCCUUGUACGUCUUUGGUGAUUCAUCAUGUGGUCUCUCCUGGCCUUCAGUCUUCUAGCUCUCCUAGCUACAGGCACCUGUCUUGAGUGUGAGGUUUGUAAUAAUAUUGGCAACAGCUGUACUGGUGAUAGGAGGAUUUGCAAAGCCGAAGAAGACGUAUGCGUUAUCAGCGUUUGGGACUUUUCAGAUCUUCCUCUGACGUUCACAGCCAUCCGUAAAGACUGUGGCAAAUCCAGCACCUGCAAAGGUAGUGUAGCUGAAAUAAAUGUGGGACGCGGAUUGCAUGCGAGAGGACACAGGGUCUGCUGCACCGGGUCUGACUGCGGCGAAAUCGCGGAUUUUGAUGUGCCACCACCAGACACCAAACCCAAUGGGCUCCAAUGUCCUGGAUGCAUCGGACUUUUUUCGCCUACGUGUCAUGGAGAGCCUGUUCCCUGUGUCGGAACUCAGAACAAGUGCCUUGAUGUGUCUGUGAAUGCGUCAGGUCCAGCUAGAAUGGAAUUUUCUGGCAAAGCCUGUGUCACUGAGCUUGUCUGCAACUUAGUUCAACAUGGUGUCAGCGGCUUUCUCGGAGAUGAGGAACGCGUGCAAGCAGCCCUGUCUAAGGCUGAUUGUAUUGCCGCCACCAAACCUGAGUAACCGGUUGGCUCCUCGAACCCAGAAUACCAUCACCACACCUCAACCUUCACAUCCCAACAGCCUCUUUAUCUGAUAGCCUCCAAUCGAAGGCUUGAAAUUCUGCGGUUCUUAGCUCCCACACAGAUGGAUGGAUGGAUAAGGUUCUCCUAGAGUCAAAUCCAUUAAAAGGCUCCUUAAAAAAAAUA